AGUCUCGAACUCCUGAACACGCGAACUCAGGUGAUAGACCAAGUGCUGGGAUUAUAGGUGUGAGCCACCACACCGGCCUAAGGUGUCUGUUUUAAUGUGAAUGCUGGUCAGCAGUGCCUGAAUUCCCACUGGAAGAGGGUAUAAUGAGGCACAUUGGGCCACCCACGGUCAUCAUGGCCUGAACUAGCUUUUCAGGUUUAUUUUAGAAUGCGUUUGGCCAAGAGGUGUCCAUUCGGUUGGUUGGGGUUGCUUAGAAUUUUACUUUGGGUUUAAACCAGGGAGUAACUCCAGGUAGCAAGGGCCCUUUCUGGGAGGAUUCUCUGUGUUCUCUUUUGGGAGAGGCCCUGUGUUGCCUGCAGUCACUUCCACCGUGCCCCUUGGGCACACGAGGAGCACACAGUGUCAGUAGGUUGGCAGGAGGGGUCGGGCAGCCAGGGAAUGCAGUAUGAGAUGGGCUUGGGGUCGGGGCUGGGUGCGCUGCAGGACUCCUCCUCCUCCUAAGGGACGGCAAAGGAUGGACACACUGCUCCCUCCUGAGCAUUUGAGGGUCUCUGUCCUGCCCAUCUAUUUCCUGUAAGUGUUCCUUUGAAGAGCUGGCGGCUCAGGCCUGAGCCAUGUCUCAAAGGGGCUGGAGGGGAAGAAAGACCUCGUCCUACUAGGGAGCCCACCCAGCCCCUCAGCGGGCGGUGGUUGGGGGGUGGACAGGCUCUGGGGCUAAGCAGCCCCUGCGCUCCCCGUCCUUGCCAAUGGGCUUGGUCUAGACUCUCCUAUCUUCCCCUACAUCGUGGGGUGGGGCUUGCUCUGGGUCAGGCUGCUUUUCCCUAGUUGUGGGGCGGGAGAUGCUGGCACAUUUAACUGACCCCUGGAGGAAAUGAGUGCCUGGGAAUUCAUGUCUAGGGCUCCCAGCAGCCUCUUUGCGGGCCAAUUUGGAAACUGUCCCCAGCCCUGCAUUUUAGGGGGUUACAGAGUCUCUCAGCAGGCCCUCCUCCCCUGCUGCUCCCAACUUCCAAGCCUGCACUGGUUGGGGUAACAGGAUGGUUCAAGGAGCCCCCUCUCUACUUUCCACUAUGUUCCCUGUGGGGAGGGAAGAGCAGUUUAAGGAAUAAGGUAUCCCAAAGGCGCACAGCAGACCGGGGACCGAGGAGGGGGUCCUGCUUCCCCUCCUUUUCUCUAGGCUGAGCCACAGCAGGUCCUUGAAUCCUAUUUCCCAGCGGAUGCCAGGAGAGCAGGCCCUGGGGGAGUUCUCUCGAGCCUUUCAGAGGGACCAGAGGUCUAGCAGCCACGGGGAACUCAGAUUCCUUGACUGUGUGGGGCAUGAACUCUCCCAGCUGAGAAGGGGCACAAGGUGCCAACAGGGCCAGUGGCCAAGGGAGACGCGGCUUGUCGAAGGGAGAACCUGGGCCCUAGUCUUCCCUUUCAGGGCGGGCAUCUGACCUGCCCCCUGGACAGGCUCCCAAGCACGGCGGAGGCCAAACCUUCCCGGCUGCCGCCCACCCAGCCACGCUGACUUGGAAGCUUGAGCAUUCAGCGGCCUCCAUCCUGCCCGGAAGGACCAGGGACCUGGCCCCAGCUUCCCCGCAGCGCCCUCGGGGGACGUCUCAGUGCCUCCCGGAGCCCGGACCAGUGCACCAGAGCUGAGGGCCCAGAGGUGUCAGGGUGGCCGGGCAAUUGUGUGAGGACGACGCCCCGCAAGUUUGCGGCCAGGGCCCAGUAAACCCCUAGGGGUGGGAAAGCGUCGGCCCAACCAGCGGGUAAAGCCCCCUUCACCCGUGACCCAGCGGCCACGACCCCGCGUCCUCAUCUCGGGCUGGGACCGCCUCUGCGUCUGGCCUGAGCGGGACCGUGGGAUCCCGGGGAGCCCCGCCUCGCUGCAUUGACGAAGCCCAGGAGGAGCGACAGUUACCCCUUCCGGUCAUGACCGGAAGUGCUGGGAACGGCAUUCGUUCUCCAUACGAGAUGAUGCACUUCCUGCCUGGGGCGGCCGCUGUUCUCGCGGUUUCCGGCAGGUGGCGCUGGGACCACGGGAAGCCGGCCCGGUUGUCGGUUAGCCGUCGAGCAUUCUGGGAAUUGCAGGCCUGGCCCCUCCUCUUCCUGUUCUUCUUGGUCAAUUCCGGUCUUGGUUCCCCAACAAAUGCCGUCGUUUCCGGGGCCGCUUCCGAGCCGGACCCAAGGGCCGGGGCGUAGAGGGGCGGGCGCAUGCGCACAGGGCUACACAUCCCGACAGGCGUCGGGAGUGGAGGCCCAGUGCCUUGUGGGAGUUGUAGUUCUGCAGGUGCGGAAGCCGCGGCGCUCCGCCGGCAGAGCACUCGGUUUCCCAGAGGGCUGAGCGCGCCGCGCGGACGUGCGGCGCCGACGAAGAUGGAGAUUGCCGUGCAUCCUUGAGCCGUUGAGCAGCUGAACAGCGGCAAUGCUGGGGCACUCCCAGGCCUGAGACGACCACGCCUGUGCCACUGAGGACCUUCAGCAGGGCUCCAUUCACCUGGCCCACUUGGCUGUCCAGUCACACUCCAGUGUCAACCACUGGCACCCAGCAGCCAAGAGAGGUGUGGCGUGGCCCUGGGGACCCAUGGCUGAUGCAGGGACAGGUGAGCCGUCCCCCAGCGUGGAGGGCGAGCACGGGACGGAGUAUGACACGCUGCCUUCCGACACAGUCUCCCUCAGCGACUCGGACUCUGACCUCAGCUUGCCCGGUGGUGCCGAAGUGGAAGCACUGUCCCCGCUGGGGCUGCCUGGGGAGGAGGAUUCAGGUCCUGAUGAACCACCCUCACCCCCGUCAGGCCUCCUCCCGGCCACGGUGCAGCCAUUCUAUCUGAGAGGCAUGAGCUCCACCUUCUCCCAGCGCAGCCGUGACAUCUUUGACUGCCUGGAGGGAGCGGCCAGGAGGGCUCCAUCCUCUGUGGCCCACACGAGCAUGAGUGACAAUGGAGGCUUCAAGCAGCCUCUAGCGCCCUCAGGCCGGUCUCCAGUGGAAGGCCUGGGCGGGGCCCGUCGGAGCCCUGCCUCCCCAAGGGUGCCUCCGGUCCCUGACUAUGUGGCACACCCCGAGCGCUGGACCAAGUACAGCCUAGAAGAUGUGACCGAGGUCAGCGAGCAGAGCAAUCAGGCCACCGCCCUGGCCUUCCUGGGCUCCCAGAGCCUGGCUGCCCCCACUGACUGCGUGUCCUCCUUCAACCAGGACCCCUCCAGCUGUGGGGCGGGGAGGGUCGUCUUCACCAAACCAGUCCGAGGCGUCGAGGCCAGACACGAGAGGAAGAGGGUCCUGGGGAAGGUGGGAGAGCCGGGCAGGGGUGGCCUUGGGAACCCUGCCACAGACAGGGGCGAGGGCCCUGUGGAGCUGGCCCAUCUGGCCGGCCCUGGGAGCCCAGAGGCCGAGGAGUGGGGCAGCCCCCAUGGGGGCCUGCAGGAGGUGGAGGCACUGUCAGGGCCUGUCCACAGUGGGUCUGUGCCAGGUCUCCCGCCGGUGGAGACUGUUGGCUUCCAUGGCAGCAGGAAGCGGAGUCGAGACCACUUCCGGAACAAGGGCAGCAGCCCUGAGGACCCAGGUGCUGAGGUCUGAGAGGGAGAUGGCCCAGCCUGACCACACUGGCCACUGCCAUCCUGCUGCCUUCCUAGUGGGGCUGGUCAAGGGGCAGCCUGGCCACUGCCCAGCUGGAGUGGGAGGAAGCCUGCAGGCUGCCUGUAGGUGGCACUGGAGGCCCUGGCUGCAGCUCUGGGUGGCGUCCUCCCGAGCAGAGACCUGCUGAGGCUCCUGGGGUGUGGGGUGUGGGCUGGAAGCACUGGCUUCCUGGUGGGGACAAUAAAGGUUUUGGGUCUUUCUCAGA